GGCGAAGAAUGAACCAGCAAAGGUUUAAGCUUUUCUCCUUCCACACAAGCUCUCUGUUUCAAAGAAGUUGGGAGUUGGGGCAGCAGAUUUAGUGGGUUUAUGGAAAUUGGUCUGCACAACUAGACAGUGUUGGUGGUUUGAUCAUCAGAGAUGGCAACGGUGGCAGCUGCACCACGUGUCCAGCUGGUGAUAUCAGAUAAUAAUUACAAUAAGGUCCGUCAAUGUCAUAAAUUGAGUUGGGUGGCAGUUCCAGAAAGGUCUAGUCUUUCUUCUUCUGAGAAUCCGAGUUCAUUGUUUUCUACUUCAUCUUUAUCUUUGAGCGUUGGAAAGAGGGUCAGCAAGGGUUUUAGGAGAGGAGUGGCUAUAACGGCGAUGGCGGAUUCGGGUACAAGCACAGUCCUUGUUACUGGAGCUGGUGGUAGAACUGGCCAGAUAGUUUAUAAGAAGUUGAAGGAGAGGUCUGAUCAGUAUGUUGCUAGGGGUCUGGUUAGAACAGAAGAGAGCAAAGCCAAAAUUGGUGGGGCAGAUGAUCUUUAUGUUGGAGAUAUAACAGUUGCCGACAGCAUUGUACCUGCAAUCCAAGGUAUCGAUGCCCUCGUGAUCCUUACAAGUGCUGUGCCAAAGAUGAAACCUGGUUUUGAUCCAAGUAAGGGUGAGAGGCCUGAGUUCUACUUUGAAGAUGGGCAAUUUCCUGAACAGGUUGAUUGGCUUGGACAGAAAAAUCAAAUUGAUGCUGCUAAGGCUGCUGGAGUGAAGCAAAUUGUAUUGGUUGGGUCUAUGGGUGGAACUGAUUUGAAUAACCCCCUAAACAGUUUGGGUAAUGGAAAUAUUUUGAUUUGGAAGAGGAAGGCUGAGCAGUACUUGGCUGACUCUGGUAUUCCGUACACAAUCAUAAGGGCUGGAGGCUUGCAAGACAAACAAGGUGGCAUCCGUGAACUACUUAUUGGGAAGGAUGACGAACUUCUGAAGACAGAGACAAGAACCAUUGCCAGGGCCGAUGUCGCAGAAGUCUGCGUUCAGGCAUUGCAAUUUGAGGAGGCCAAAAACAAGGCAUUUGAUUUAGCCUCAAAGCCUGAGGGAACGGGAACACCUACCAAAGAUUUCAAAGCUCUCUUCUCCCAAAUCACCACUCAUUUUUGAUUACUCAUUGUCCCAACUUCUGCUUAAGUGUUGUGUUAGAACAUCUCUCUGCCAUCUUGAUAUAAUCCCUGAAAACAAGAUGUAUUUGAGAUGUACUCUCUGUUAUUGUUGGGAAAGAACAGUAACUAGUAUAUGAGCCAUGUCAGUGAAGCAAAUCAUAAAGUUGUAUUCAAGGGGUUUCAUGACUUUCAUCCCCCAAGGCUUCUAUAAGUCGCAUCUUUAUCGGGUGCCCUGCACUACUAAUAAUCUAGACUUGAUGUAUGACUCCUUAAAAAUUGAAGCUAUGGUGGUUUUGUAAGGAAAUUUGGUUUACCACUGCUUAUGUUCAAGGGAUCAAUUAUAAUACGUACC